GUACAAUGCGUCAUUUGUGCCAAGAUGGUAACAUCGUGAUUGCCGUUUUGCGAAAGAAGCGGGAUCGAGCGGGAUUUCUCUGCGAGUGUUUAUUUCCAAGAAUCAUAUACGCGCCGAGCGCACGUAUCGACCGGCUGGUUCCACGUAUCACCAAUUUUCGUGACUCUCUACGGUGAUUCCCACUUCGUAAUCGGUCUUCGCCUAUCUGCGAUACCAUGUCGGAUGAGAAGAAGGAGACGAAGGCGGAAUCGGAGCAUAUAAACCUGAAGGUGCUUGGCCAGGAUAAUGCGGUAGUUCAAUUUAAAAUUAAGAAACACACACCUCUUCGCAAAUUGAUGAACGCAUACUGCGACCGUGUAGGUUUGGCAAUAGCAGCAGUAAGAUUUAGAUUUGAUGGACAACCCAUAAACGAAUUAGAUACACCUACAACACUGGAAAUGGAAGAGGGAGAUACAAUAGAGGUAUAUCAACAACAAACAGGUGGUUCGUGUUGAGAUACAAUGCAUCACGUUUACAAAUGGACUAAAUGAAAUUUACUGUUCCAGCAGUGUUUAUUUUUAUCAGAAAAUAUGAUAUAUUUUUGGUUUAUGUUUAUUCCGCUCUGCAAGAUUGGGGACUUUAUCUUAUUCCAUAAUGUGCAAACUUAUUCAUAUGUCUUAAUUUAAUGCUUUUGUUCUCAUUUCUUAAUAUCUGGAUUUAAGUGUUUGUUAUUUAAAAUAAUUAUUUGGUAUAUUUUUUAUUUAAAGAUGCACAUUAUGCAGUAAGUUGCACGUUAUGCAGUUGUUUAAAGUCUUCAAUUGUCACAGCCAUUUACUGCAAGUUUCUAUUAACAUGAUCGAAUACAAUCAUCUGCAAUUUAUUGUUGAAAAAUACGAGCUUAUGUUAUUGUGGAGAAAAAAGGAAAUCACACAUUAUUUAAAGAAUACAGUCAUCGCCAUAUAUUGUAAGAUCUAAAAAUUUGGGAUUUCUUUUGCACGUGAUUUUCAUGUGACUUAACAUUGUAAGAAUUCAACUUCACUUAAUAAAUUUUCAUUUUUUUUAGAUAUUCUCUUUUUAUAUUUAUAAAAAGUGUACAGAAGAACAAAUUUUAUAGAUUAGAAUAUGUACACUUUUAUUUUGAGGCAUGAUUAAAAACUUUAUUCGCAGAGUUCCGGUUUCCGUCUGCGCUUUAUGCAGAAACCGGAUUUUGUAUUUGUAAGGAAACUAUCGUUAUUCAUCAUUUCUGCGUGGCCCACGUUACUUUGUAUACGAGCGAGAAUAAACAGUGUGUUAUCUUUUCUAAAAGAAACCUUCCAUCUUAAUAAGUAGUUUUACAAUGUUUUUGACUUACACAUAUUUAGCAAAAAGUAAAUACAAAAUAAUUUAUAUUUUCUUUAAGAAAGAUAUGCAAUAUAUAUUUUUGUCAAGAUUUAAGUAUUAUAUUAUUGUGUGUGCAGAAAAGAGUGUAUCUUCUUGAUAUAAUCUAUUAUAUUUACCUAUCUAUUAAAUAUAAGUUUGACACACAAAAAUGUAAAGUACAUGUAUUUUAAAAAAAUGUUCUUGAAAAUACAUUUUAAUUAAGGAU